GUGUUGGGUCUUGACAGUGGUGUUGGUGGGGCAGUUACGGUCCCCGUUGCUAGUAGUUAGCAGGCUAAGUCGCUAAAAUGACUGCGUUUAAGUUCUUCGGUAAAACACAAUCUAUAGUUGCUUACAGCUAAGCAUAAAAAUGUAGAUAUUUGUUGCUAUUACAUUUUCUAAAUUGUUUGUUUUAUUACUUUACCCACAGGGUGCAAGUCUUGGAAGAUAGCUGAAAUAAGUCAGCGUCAAGCUGUUCAUAAACCAAAUUGAGAUUUCCGUUGCUCUACAAAAUAAAAGCAUACCAUCAGAACAUUCCUGUUUUGACCACAAAAUGCUGCACAGCGUUAACGCGAAGCUGGGAACAAUAUAAACGCAACGCAAAUUGUAUGCGUAUCUAAAAGUUAUAUCUUCUGAUACGACGUGUAUCAUUUUCGCUUUAUUUAUUUAUUUUUUUUACAUCUUGAAAAUUUUUUUUCUUUUUUUAACAACUCGAAAUUUCUAAGAAGACAGCAGGGCAAACUACAGCAGGAUUGUUUUUGUCGCUCAGGGGAACCAACCAGAGUUCAUGUCGCCAGCUUGGCUAACCCAGCCUGCUAGCGAGUGAUUUGCCAGCAUGCUAAUGGGGACAGUUUAACCGCAGCACACUGCAGUGAGUCUCUCCUGUCUGAGUCCGUGGAGGUUCCAGGCGAGCUGAAGUCCGCCGAGCCAUGCGACAGUGGUCUGUCCCCACUGCGACCCUUCGCGCUGAGCCACUCCCGGGGUGCCUGUCCGUGUCACCCCCUCCGUCGGACCCCAGGAUGGAGGCGUGCGAGGUGGAGCCGCGCUACACCAUCGAGCAGAUCGACCUCCUGCAGCGCCUGCGCCUCUCUGGCAUGACCAAGCCCCAGAUCCUUCACGCGCUGGAGUCCCUGGAGAGGCUGGACCCGGACCACCGCCCGCCGCCGCCACGCUGCGACUCCCACCCGGCCCCGCCAAGCAACGCCACGCCCGCCCCCGCCACCGCCCCUGCCCCCGCCCCGUCCUCGUCGUCCUCCUCAUCGUCGUCCUCGCUCUCUCUGGCCUCGGCCACCACCCAGACCUCGGGCCUCGAGGGCGCGGCGCUGUCGCCCAGCAACAGCUACGAGGCUUCGCCGCCGCCCCUGUACCCCGCCAGCGUGGUGGUGCAGCGGGCGUUCAGCUACGACAUGAUGGGCGAGGAGGAGUGGGACCUGGAGGAGAAGGUGGAGGAGUACAUGAGAAGAGACAGCAACCUGGUGAAAGAGGAGAUCAAGACGUUCCUGAACAACCGGCGGAUCUCUCAGGCCAUCGUAGGCCAGGUCACAGGCAUCAGCCAGAGCUACAUCUCCCAGUGGCUGCUGCAGCAAGGCCUGGAGAUGAGCGACUCCAAGCGCAGAGCUUUCUACCGCUGGUACCUGCUGGAGAGGAACAACCCAGGCCUGAGGUGGAGUGAAAGCCAGCACAGCGUGAGUCCCAUGGCCAGGGCCAGGGCAGGGGACAGAGAUGGGACGGUAGCAGGGGCGAGCGGCACCCUCCCCAACAUCUUCCCCAACCCCAACACCAACCUGAUGCCCAACCACAACCCGCCCUGGAGCAGGCAGAGAGAGCUGCUGGUGCACCUGCUGCCGUGGUACACAGCCGCCGCCGCAGCGGCUGCCGCCCAGCCAGGUGCGACCUUGUCGAUGCGCUCUUUGGUGAAGGAGGAACCCGACUGGAGAACGGGUAUCAUCGCCAGCGACAGAGCGGGGAUCGUAGGCUGUCCUCUGAGGCUGCGCAGAGGCAGCAGGUUCACCUGGAGGAAGGAGUGCCAGUCCAUCAUGGAGAGCUUCUUCAUGGAGAAUCAGUAUCCAGAUGAGGCGAAGCGGGAGGAGAUCGCCAGCGCCUGUAACUCUGUCAUCCAGAAACCAGGCUGUAAGCUGUCAGAGUUUGAGCGGGUGACGGCGUUGAAGGUGUACAACUGGUUCGCCAACCGUCGGAAGGAGAUGAAGAGAAGAGCAAACAUAGAAGCCGCCAUCUUGGAAAGCCAUGGGAUCGAGGUGCCAAGUCCGAGCUGCCACUCGAACGGCGAAGAGGGAGAGCUGCAAGAGUUUGUGGAUCAAGUGAAUCAUCGGUUCUCAGAGCAGGAGGACGCCACUUCCCAGAAAAUCGUUGACCAACAAGAUGGCUCCGCGCUGAUCACCGGGGAGGCGGCGGCGGCGGCCCCGCUGAGCCCCGGCCCUCAGGGGGCGGAACAGAAGGACGGGGAUUCAAAAAGGGAGUCUGUGGACGAGGAGUGACUAAACCCAGCUAGACUUUCAAUCGUCAUGCCUGAAUAUUAUUCAGUCUGAAACAAAACAGUAAAAUGGCUCCUGCUCCACCUGCGUGUGGAACCUUCUGGGCCAAUGGAAGGAUGGGGGUGGGGUUUGGUUGAAGCCCUCUGAGGUGCCUCAGGUGAGGAGGCCACAGCAUUUAUCAACAGUAAUCCUGCUUAUAAUAAUGGCAAUAUACAGUCUACGUAUAGGUAUAUAAGGUCUAUGGUAUAUCAAUCAAUAUAUAGUGCAUUCCAAGAUGGUAUCAAAAUGCCUAAAUCCUGUGAGGGGAGCAUUAUGUAAAGGACGCCUCACCAUUUGAACAUAAGCUGUUUUUCCUGUUUUACUUUUGCUACAUGUUUGGUUUACUCCAGCUGCUGAGUGGGACAAGCUGAGCCUGCAGGUCAGGUUUUGAUUGGCUGUUGUAAAGAAUGCGGCUUCUGUCUUUUGAUGAAACAGAAAAGACAAAAACAAACAAACAAAAAGAAAAGCCGUCUUGUUGUUGCUGGGAUGUCUUUGCCUGGUUUAUAAAGCGAUAGGUUUUAAUCACUCAGCACGUGUUGUUGACACUACAGCUGUACGACCUGGAGGGAUAACUCAGGUAAUCCCAAAGUGACAAAUUGCACCACCUUUCCUUUUAUUCUCUGUGUAUUUUUUUUUAUCAAGAUUGUGCUUAAAGAAAACAGUGUUAUUUAUCCGUUUUUGAUUUCAUGGUGUCCCGGACUAGAGAUGCUCCGAGAAGUCAACAGCUGACUCUAAUCAGACAAUUUUCAACAAUCAUUCCAAAACAACCACCAGUACAUUGCAACCAAUAGCAGGUAGAGCAUACAGCCACACUCUUCUGUGUGGGUGUUGUUACUGUGGGAAGAACACUUAAUUAUUUCCGGUGUUAGUCAUAAAGUUAUUGUUUUCUAUGAAAUGUUGAGACGUAUCUGCAUAUCAACCUGGCCGCAUGAGAGAGCAAGACUUUGAGCAGAUAACAGGAAGGCUGAAUAGACUGGUGUGCACCAAAACUAAAGAACAAACAAACACCUGGGCAUCCUGCUGUCUUGUCUCCCAAGUCAGCUUUAUAGAAAUUCAACUUUUAUUUGAUCAAAACAACUUACUUAGAUUGUUAGGGACAUAAGCGACACAAGCAAUAAUGACCCAAAUAUUGAGCUGAAUAGAGACUAUUGAUGGUGACUUUUCUAUCUUAUCUAACUGCCCCAUUACUUACAUCUUGUUUUAGUUUUAUGAGUUUGAAUGAAUGAAGUCUGUUGUGUUUGUUCAAAGUUCCUCUUUUAAACUUGUUACUCCCAACUUUGUUCAGUAUGGUUUUCUUUGUUCGGAACUGAAGAAACCAUUUGGGAAAAACGCCUAAAGCCAAGUUGUCAUCUUCUUACACACUAAAGAAGGUUGAAUAAAUUAGAGAGUAACCAAUUAAGACUCUCCCACACUUAACCGGAAACGCUGAAAUUGUUUCUCUUUGAUGGAAACGCGUGAAGAAAAUUAGGUCAUUUUAUUCACAAGGAGGCGUCGUCCUCCCUUCAUACCACCGAGUGACUGGUACGAAGUUUGUAGGCAUGUUUUAUGUAGAAGUAUGCUCAUAUUUCGCUUCAGCUAGUCCGCGUCCACUAUCUGGAACACUAGUCGCGUGCGAUAUAGAUACUGUUGAUCAGACGUGGUGAGGAUUUGUAUGCAUUUACGAUUCUUCACAAAAUACCUUCUAAAUUUGCGAAAUGGCUAAAAACUCCUAGAUGGAAAUUGCAAAGCCUAUGUACACAGAGGAGUCUGUUUACGGGAAGGUGUGGUGUUCUCUCCGUGACCGUUAUGUUACGCUUCGGGUUGUGACGUGACGUAUACUGUAAGUGUUGUCCGCCGGUGUGUGCGAAUACGUACGUCCAGCAGCUAUGUGACGUCGCUCGACUAUUCAACUCAGGGUGAGGAGUGGAGUGAGAGAGCCUUUGAGGUAAUAAUUUAUUUAUCACGGAAAACACACAGGCUGCUGUUUCAGUAAUGCUAGGAAACUUACCGCUAAUAUAAGAUGCUACAGGUAGUUUAGAAAGGUAAACUUUGGGAUAAUUCCCACUUCUGCUAUUGUAAUGAAAGAGUUUUACACAACUGUUCUUUCACACAGAGACAGAAUACAUAUGUCUGUAAUUUAAUGGGGUUGAUGGGUGCAUCUCUAGGCCUUAGACACCACCUGUUUCUUUUUUUGUUGUUGUUGUUAAACUCAUUGGUGCUGUUUAAUCUCAUGACAGAGUCUAGCCAAAGAGGCUAGCUUGGUUACAUAAUAAUGUAAUCGUUCUUAUUUUGAUGUAUCCAAAUAUUUAUAUCGUUUCAGAAACUCUAAAACUGGCUUGUUGCGUCUCCAGGAAGGCUUCAGGCACCUUUUCCUCUUACUGGGAUAAGCUAAAGCUUCUAAGCUCCUGUACGUUUUUGUGCAAAGCUGCACUUCAAAGUGAACCUCACUCUAACUAAUCCCUCAAAACCUCACAGAGGGCGUGUAUUCUUUUAGUUAUACUGUCAUAUUUCCAUACCCAAGGCUGCAGGAGUCGAAUCUAAUUGUUCAUGAAAUGAACAAUCAAUACUUUAUUGUCAAAGGAAGCCACCAUUGUUGCCUCCUAAUGCCAAAGCUAUGCCAGAUAGAGCUGAUCUACAAAUGCCCAGAGCAGAGAGUAGGUUCAUUUGCUCCGUUCAACACUAGCCACCUCAGGCUUACCUCACAACGACUGUUUUUAGGAGGGAUUUCCUGGCUGACAGCAGCAGGUGAAUGGGACUAUUUCUCUUCUGAACGGUGUUGUGUGUCAUGUAGCAUUUACGGCAUCGGGCUUCGUCCUGUGAUCUCAGUGUCCAGUCACCUCCUCAGACAGUUCUGCUGUCCAGUUUUGGACAGGAAUCCCCCAAAGCUGCAGCAGUUUCUUAUUACUGCGAUCCUCUGCAUAAGCUUUUAUCUAACGAGGGAAGACGAUAAUAAAAGUGUACACAAUCUU